AUGAAAGCUUGCACAACUUAUAAAAGUUAUAAAGCUAAUCAGGUCACUAUUUUGGCAAGUCGACGAUGUACAAUGGAAUGUGAUGCAGAGAUUUGCAAACCAACACUUGGUCGAACUCAUACAGCAGCACUGUAUAGAGAAGUCCGGCACCUUGCUGGCAAAAAUGCCAGCACUGGUAUUCUAGAGCGCCUAGAUGCUGGAGAAAUUGUGAUUGGAGAUGGAGGAUUUGUCUUUGCUCUUGAAAAGAGGGGAUACGUAAAAGCUGGGCCUUGGACUCCUGAGGCGACGGUAGAACACCCAGAAGCAGUCCGUCAGCUUCACCGGGAAUUCCUCAGAGCUGGGUCCAAUGUUCUGCAGACGUUCACCUUUUAUGCCAGUGAGGACAAACUAGAGAACAGGGGCAACUAUGUAGCUGAGAAAUUAACUUGCCAGAAGGUGAAUGAAGCUGCUUGUGACAUUGCAAGAGAAGUGGCUAAUGAAGGCGAUGCUUUAGUGGCUGGAGGAGUCAGUCAAACACCAUCAUACUUAAGCUGCAAGGAUAAAAUAGAGGUUAAAGCAGUCUUUCGAAAGCAACUAGAUGUCUUUAUGAAGAAGAAUGUGGACUUCCUAAUUGCAGAGUAUUUUGAACAUGUUGAAGAGGCUGUCUGGGCAGUUGAAGUUCUAAAAGAAUCUGGAAAGCCAGUUGCAGCUACAAUGUGCAUUGGUCCGGAGGGAGAUAUGCAUGGUGUGCCCCCAGGACAAUGUGCUGUCCAGCUGGUAAAGGCUGGUGCUUCUAUUGUUGGAGUCAACUGCCAUUUUGAUCCAGACACUUGCCUGAAAACUGUGAAACUGAUGAAAGAGGGCUUGCAGGCUGCUAAACUGAAAGCCCACCUGAUGUCCCAGCCACUUGCUUUCCAUACACCUGAUUGUGGAAAGCAGGGUUUUAUUGAUCUUCCAGAAUUUCCCUUUG